AUGGUCCGUCUAAGGGAGAUUCCCCGGACUGCGGCGUUUGCCUGGUCCCCUGGAGCUGGUGUGCCUUUUGUUGUGACCGGAACUCGAGCUGGUGCAGUUGAUGCAGAUUUUUCUGAUGAAACUAAACUGGAGCUUUGGGAUUUGAGUCUGGACAAUCUUGAGCAAGGUGUCGAGCUUCAACCAGUUGCCAGUAUUAGUACGGAUUCUCGGUUUAAUGAUAUUGCCUGGGCACCUGCGAGCGCGGAACAUCCGAAAGGUAUUAUUGCUGGAGCACUUGAUAAUGGCUCCUUAGACUUGUGGGAUGCGGAGAAGCUUAUGAAAGGGGCCGAUGAUGCAUUUAUGUCACGGACAACGAAACAUACAGGCGCGAUCAAGUCUCUUCAAUUCAAUCCUUUAAAGCCACAAAUUCUUGCUACGGCUGGCACAAAGGGGGAGCUAUUCGUUUACGAUGUCAACGAUAUUUCAAACCCCUUUAGACUGGGUACAGCCGCAGCACGGUCUGACGAUCUUGAAUGUGUCGCCUGGAACAGGAAAGUGCCACAUAUUCUUGCAACAGGAGGAACUGGUGGUUUUGUGACCAUUUGGGAUCUAAAAACGAAGAAGGCGUCCCUUACCCUGAAUAAUGCUCGGAAGGCCGUUAGUGCAAUUACUUGGGACCCCAAUAAUGCCACAAAGCUCCUUACUGCCACUCCCGACGAUUCCAGCCCAGCCAUCCUACUGUGGGAUCUUCGAAAUUCGAACGCACCCGAGCGCACAUUGCAAGGGCAUGAUCAGGGCAUCCUCUCACUCUCAUGGUGCCAGGAAGAUAGCGACCUCUUAUUGUCAUGCGGGAAAGAUAACAAGACAAUCGUGUGGAACCCUCAGACUGGAGAACGCUAUGGCGAAUUCCCUGAGGCCACCAACUGGACAUUCCAAACCAGGUUCAACCCUCAUAACCCAGCUCUCUCUGCUACUGCUUCUUUCGACGGCAAAAUAUCUAUUCAGACACUCCAGAAUACAAACCCCACAGCCACGCAGACUCCAGUACAAGGCUCCGUCGAUGCAGAGGACUUCUUUACUAAGGCCCAAACCCAACCACAAGGGGCGUCAUUCUCACUGAAGAAGGCCCCGAAGUGGCUAGAGCGACCCGCGGGUGUCUCUUUCGGCUUCGGAGGAAAGGUGGUGAGCUUUGGUUUAUCGCCAGCUGUCGCGGGCCAGCACCGAUCAUCUAAGGUCCAAAUAUCCAAUUUUUCUGUAGAUUCUGAUAUCGGCUCAGCGACCAAGGCCUUCGAUGAUGCUAUUGUAGCCGGCAACAUCGCUAGCAUUUGUGAAUCCCACAUAGCCGAGGCGAAAUCAGAGGAUGAGAAGGCGGAUUGGAAGGUUAUCGAGACUCUGGUAACUGAAAAUCCUCGCAAGAAGAUCAUAGAAUACCUGGGGUUCACCGAAGAGGUGGAUGAAGCUGUUAACGGUGUUGCCAGUUUGGAUUUGGAUGAGCCUAAGAAGUUGGAGAAGCCCGAGGAAGAUAUGAAUGGCGCGGCAGCACGGAAAAACAGUCGACUUUCAGGCUUGUUCGCAGAUGGUGCAGAGGGAGAUGACUUCUUGUCGACAAUAACAGCAACCAAGGGUGCAAAGACUGACAAUCCAUUCUCAUUAUUCUCUGACGCCGACUCAUCCUCGGACAAGGAGAUUACUAAGGCUCUAAUGCUUGGCCAAUUUGAAAAGGCGAUGACCAUUUGUCUUAAGGAGGAUCGAAUUGCAGACGGACUCAUUAUCGCCAAUUGCGGCGGUCAGGAACUACUUGAAAAAGCCCAGUCUGCGUACUUAUCCCGCAAGGCAGAUGGACCAAAUUAUCUACGUCUGCUCUCUUCCGUUAUUGGCAAAAACCUAUGGGAUAUUGUUUACAAUGCGGAUCUCUCAAACUGGAAGGAGUCUAUGGCUACGUUGUGCACAUAUGCCGACCCAAAUGAGUUCCCAGACUUGUGCGAGGCAUUCGGCGACAGAAUCUUGGAGACUGGAUCUCUAAAAGAUGCAUCAUUUUGCUAUUUGGUGGGAUCAAAACUUGAAAAGGUCAUCAGCAUCUGGAUCACAGAGCUACAAGAGGCGGAGACAGCUGGCAUCAAAGAUCUCACCGGAGACUCGUCCUUUUCUGUGCAUGCUCGCUCACUACAGAACUUCAUCGAGAAGGUGACAGUGUUUAGGGACGUCACAAAGUUUCAGGAUACUGAGCGGGAGCUAGCUAGUGGCUGGAAACUUGGGGCACUCUAUGAGAAGUAUACCGAAUAUGCGGAUAUUGUUGCCGCUCACGGGCACUUGUCAAUCGCUGAGCGGUAUUUGGAUCUUUUGCCAACACAAUACCCUGCGGCCGAAGUUGCACGAAACCGAGUGAAAUUGGCUUCUAGAAAGGCAACGUCGAAACCAGUUCAUCAAGCUGCGGCUAUGAAGAGUGCACCGCGUGCCCAGUCAGCCUUUGGUUAUCAACCAAUGGGUACUCCGGCUGCCAUGCCCUCACAGCCAGCUCCUGCUCCGUAUGCACCACCAGCGGUCACCACCCCUCACAAUCCAUAUGCACCACAAGCGAACACAUACGCUCCUCAGCAAGGAUACCAACAGGCACAGGCACAGCCUGGUUAUGGAGCACCUGGCUAUGGUUCAGGUUAUGGGGCUGCUCCCUAUGGAACACCCCAACCGAAUUCAUUCGGUGCACCUCCUCCACGGUCAACUCCAUCUGCGCCUCCACCUUCUAGAGCAAAAGAUAUGACGAAUUGGAAUGACACCCCAAUGGUAACCAAACCAACACCUGCGAGACGGAGCACACCAGUAACUCAUGGUACCCCAUCUCCAUUCCCCAACCAGCAAAACCUUUCCAUGCCUCCUCCAACAGCUCCCUUCGGCGGUCCAAGAGCAACUCCUACACCACCCCCACCACCACCGAAGGGCCCUGCCCCUCCCCAUAUGAAUACGCUAUUGUCUAGUGGACCUCCUCAAUCCUUCCAACAGUCAAGUAGGCCAUCAUCUGCUGCGAACAUGUAUGCCCCACAAUCCGGUUCACCCGCCCAGCAAUUCGCUCCACCAGCACCUCCCCCAACUAUCCCUCGGGGUCCAUCACCGUAUAAUCAACCUCCAGCAGGGCCACCUCCGUCAAGCAGAUAUGCUCCCGCUCCUAGUCCACAGCAGUUCUCGCAGCCCCCACCCCAACAGCCUCCCCCACCAUCUCAAGCGGGUGCUAGACCACCACCGCCAGCCAAUCCAUAUGCCCCCCCAAGGGCAGGCACACAGGGCCAGUUUGCUCCAUCGCAAUCACCAUAUGAGACCUCUCAGCCGAACCCUCCACCUCCUCAGGGCCCCCCCCAAGGUUCAAUGCCACCGACUGGCCCACCCAAGGCUCCUCAACCAGCUGCAGCCCCAUCUAAGCCCAGGCAUCCUGCCGGUGAUCGAUCACACAUUCCUCCCAACGCCCAACGAGUAUUUGAAAUAUUCAACAGUGAUAUGCAGAGAGUCGCAUCAAAAGCCCCUCCUUCUUUCGCCGCGCAGGUUAAGGACACCCAAAAGCGACUCAAUAUCUUGUUUGAUCAUCUCAACAAUGAGGAACUAGUGAAACCGGAUACUGUUGAGAGACUGGAUGAGCUCGCUCAGUCGCUGGCUGCAAAGAAUUACGAUGUUGCUUCGAGACUGCAAGUGGAUAUACAACGCGAGAAGACAGACGAAUGUGGAAACUGGAUGGUUGGGGUUAAACGCUUAGUUAGCAUGAGUAAGGUUACCCCUUAG